AUGACAACUCAUGACGUUCGGGAAGAUGAAUUCCCGGUGCCAAGCCGACAUGCAUCAGGCCUUGUCAACGGAAUUACAACUGACGUCACUUCACUGAGCUUCUCCGACAAGAUCCUCGUCACCAUCAGUCAAGAAGGCAGGCUUUCACAAUGGGUACGGCAUUCAGUCCUGUUCGCCCUCGCUACCAGGCGGGAGGCAGACAUGGAGUUUCAAGUCCCCCUCACGGGCUCCUCCGGAGGCAUCGUUGACAUGACCUUGCCCAGCCUCAAUCACGGACUCCUGCCGUCGACGCACUUGACUCCCAGGACGUUGGUAGGGGGUGGAGGCGAUGACAGAGAAACCUUUGGACAGCUCUAUGCUGCGCAGAUUGCGAGCCGCCUGUCAUUGAAGUCGCCAGACGAUAGGAGAAUACUUGUUCUUGGCCUGGGAUUGGCCAAAUUUGAAACGGAGCGCGAGGCAUUCUUUGAUCUUUUCGAGCUGGCUCAAAAGGUGCUUUGA